UCAUGAUCAGCGGUCAGUGUAACACAAUUGGACCUUGGAGUGGGCCCAAUGGGCUUACUUCCAACACAAGUUGUUCUACGUCAUUCCCCAUCGCUUUCUUGUAUAAGAGGCCACUUUCCUUCCGGUUCUCCAGCGUUGAUCACCGAAACCGAAAUACCCACGCUCCACACUUUCUAUACUCAGUGGGCGAUCCCGCGUUUGUUUUUCUCCUUUAGUGCAAAGAAAUCUCAUAAGAAAGAGAGGAGAGACCAAAAGAGGGGGGAAAAAAAAAAGAAGAAGAGAAAAACCCCACAAAAAUGGCGAGUACAGAAGCAGAUGAUCUCCAGGACAUACUCGCCGAGCAACAAAGAGAACUCAUGGCCGCCAAAACCCUAGACUCCGACCUCGAUUUCGCCUUCCAAAUCCAAAUGCAGGAAGCCGUCGCCGCCUCUCUCGCCUUCCGUCCGUCGGGAUCGACCUCGCCGCCGCCGCCGUCCAAGGGCCGAAACGACGGCGUCCCGUCAACGGACGACAACGACAACGUUUUGGGCGUCGCCGAGAAGCUUCUGCUGGGAGACAUGGAGAGAUACAUACAGGAGUGCGAGGACCGGAAACACAGCGAGGAUGAGAUGAGGAAGGCGAGGGAGGAUCUCGACCGUCGGUUUCACGAUCAGAAGUUGGCGAACGACAUCAUGACCCUCCCCGAGGACUACUGGAGCGAGUACGGGGACUGGUACGAGAAUCCGUACGGUUCUUCUGGUUCUUCGUCGUCGGCUUCUUCUUCCAAGGGUUUGGUGGAGUCCGAGGCCUUGAGAUUGUACGUCAAGGGUUUGGUGAGCGAGGAGAGGGUUCGGGACUCGAACAUGGUGGUGGCUGGCGCUGGGAUUGCGAUUUGCGAUCCCAAGGACUACCUUCUCUUCCACUCGAGGAAGAAUCUGGAAGCUUUUGAUGGCGCUGAGAUGAUAAGCGGCGAAGCUGCGGAGCUUGAGGCUCUUGUUGAAGGCCUUAAUAAAGCUCUCGCCUUUGGUUUCAACAAGAUUGUCUUUUUCUGUGACGACGACGCGAUUUUCCACUACGUUACAAACAGAUUGCCACCAAGAAAUGGCAAAAUUGCAGCGUUAGUUAAUCAAGCGGCUCUUCUUCAGAGGAAGUUUACCUAUUGCAGCCCUUCUCUUGUAGCCCGUGACAACGUUAAGUUUGCGUUCAAAUCUGCACGAGAAGCUAUUGUGUCCCAAAUUAAUUGGUCAGAAGAAGCUGAAAAGGGCAAGAGUUUGAAAGAAACUUGCAUAAUUUGUUUCGAAGAUAAUGAUGUUACUCAGAUGUUUAUGAUUGAUGGUUGUCUGCACAGAUAUUGCUUUUCUUGUAUGAAGCAACAUGUUGAAGCAAAGUUGCAUAACGGGCAGAUUGCAAAGUGCCCUCAUGAUGGCUGUAACGGUGAGGUGGCCAUUGAUAGUUGUGCAAAAUUUUUGCCUCCUAACCUAGUGGAGAUAAUGGACCAACGCAUAAAAGAAUCUGCUAUUCCUGUUACGCAGAAAGUUUACUGCGCAGAUCCUAAAUGUUCUGCCUUAAUGUCAAAAAAUGAGCUUUUGGAAUAUACCAAGGGCUCAUUUAUUGGUGCUGAACAAUCUGGUGCGAGGAAAUGCAUUAAAUGUCUAAAGUUCUUUUGUAUCAAUUGCAAAGUCCCAUGGCACUACGCUAUGACCUGCAACGAUUACAAGAGAGCUAAUCCCCAUAACCAUGGAGAUGAAGAGAUGCUGAAGUCUCUUGCGACAAAUAGGCGGUGGCGUCAAUGUGCAAAGUGCAGCCAUAUGGUUGAGCUUUUGGAAGGUUGCUACCACAUCACUUGCAGAUGUAAAUAUGAGUUUUGCUAUACCUGUGGAGCUGAAUGGAAGAAUAAGAUAGCAACCUGUACCUGUCCAGUUUGGGAUGAACGUAACAUCAUACGGGAUAGGCAACCACAACCGCAACCACAACCACAACAGCAACAGCGACUGCAACCACAACCCGGACUGGGAAUGCAACGACAACCGCAACUGCAGCAACAGCAACAGCAACGUCGACUUUGAUCACAACCAAGAACCGAAGAGAAGGCCGCCUAUAUUAGCUAUGGCAUCUUUCUAUUUUUCUCUUCCCCUCCCCUUUUGUCUAGUUUUUAGUUUUUAUCUAUCUUAGAUGUGGUAUGAACGAGUGUUUUAAAGGCCUAUCCGUGCAUAUAUUCGAUAUACUUUGCUCUCAGGAAAAAAAAAGAGGGGUGAACGAAACUUGAAGUUGAAAUCUUUUACAUGCAACUAACAAUGGUUUCCCUCAAAUAGUAAAGUAACCUCUGAGUUUCUUUUU